AUGACUGAGAUUGGAAGUCCAACAGAAGAAACUCCAUCAACAUAUGGACAAAAUGAAGGAAUAAUACCCACAGGACCUAUUGACCUUGAUUCAUCAAUUCCUUCUUCUCCAAAAAAUGAUGAAUCAAUGACAGCAACCCAAUCAAAUGUUGAUAGCGAGAAAACUGAGACAAAGAGAAAACUGACUUCCUUUGUUUGGAAUCAUUUCAAGAAGCAAAAAAUUAAUGGAGUUGACAAAGCUGUUUGCAACUAUUGUCAAAAAAUAUUAGGAGGAUCAAGCAAAAAUGGAACAACACAUUUGCGUGAUCAUUUUAACAUAUGUCCUCUUAGGAAGCAUCGAGAUAUAAAACAAUCAAUCUUAAAUCCAAGUAAGAAGAAGGAUGGAAGUACUUCACUAGCUGCUCACAACUUUGAUCAAGAGUGUUCAAGACACAAACUUGCUAAAAUGAUUGUUUUGCAUGAGUAUCCACUCAAUAUGGUUGAACAUCAUGGAUUUAGAGAUUUUGUCAACUCUCUUCAGCCAUUUUUCAAGAAUGUAUCUCGAAGUACUAUUAGAAGGGAUAUAUUGAAGAUAUAUGAGAAUGAGAAGACCAAGACAAAGAACUCAAUUAGUGACAAUUGUAGUAGAGUUGCAAUCACAACUGACAUGUGGACAUCAAAUAAUCAAAAGAGAGGGCAUAUGGUGGUGACUGCACAUUAUAUUGAUGAUUCAUGGAAUUUGCACAAUCGAAUUAUCAGGUUUAUAUAUGUGCCUGCCCCUCAUACUGCUAAGUUAUUAGCAAAAGUGUUGAUGGAGUGUUUGGUUGAAUGGUCUCUUGAACGUAAGUUGUCUACUCUUACUUUAGAUAACUGUACUGUGAAUAUUGCCAUGAUGGAUCAAAUGAAAGAAAAAUUGAGAAAUGCUUCUUUACUAAUGAAAGGUGAAUUAGUUCAUAUGAAAUGUUCUGCUCAUAUCUUGAACUUGAUUGUCCAACAAGGAUUAGGAGCAAUUCAAGGUGCCAUAGAAACUAUACGUGAGAGUGUAGUUUUUUGGACUGGUACUCCAAAAAGAGUUGAAAAGUUUGAAGAGGCUAAGAAAGGAUUAUCAUGUGCAAGCAAUAAAAAGCUAGUGCUUGAUUGUAAGACUAGGUGGAAUUCUACUUAUUUGAUGCUUACUAGUGCCAUUGUUUAUAAAGAUGUGUUCAGUCGCUUAAUACACACUGAGAAAAAUUACAAAAAAGAACCUAGUGAGCGAGAUUGGCUUUUGGCAAAAGUUAUGUGUGAGAAACUGAAGUUGUUUUACCAUGUCACUGAGAUGUUUUCUGGGACCAAAUAUCCUACUACUAAUCUAUUCUUCUCUAAGAUUUGUGAUAUUUGGUUGUUGCUUAAGGAGUGUCUUAAGUCUUCAUACGAUGAGAUUAGGAUAAUGGCAUCAAAUAUGAUGGAUAAAUUUGAGCAGUAUUGGACUUCCAUUCAUGGCAUAUUAGCCAUAGCAACUGUUAUGGAUCCAAGGUUUAAGAUGAAAUUGAUUGAGUAUUAUUUUCCUAAAAUUUAUGUUGGUGAAUAUCAAAAUGAAGUUGAACGAACUAGAAUGUUGUGCUAUGAUUUGGUGAAAGAAUACAAACCAAAUGAUGGAAAAGAAAAUCUUCCUGAUCCUUUAUCCAAUGCUUCUGGAGUUGGAGGGGAUAGUGAUGGAUGUGUGGAUCCUUUAGCUGGUUAUGACUUGUUCGUUAGUAGUACUUCUAAGGUGGAUACUUUCAAGUCUGAGUUAGAGUUCUACUUGGAGGAAGCAGUUUUGCCUAGGAGUGAAGAGUUUGAUAUUUUAGCUUGGUGGAAGACAAAUGGUCUUAAGUAUCCAACAUUACAACAAGUUGCUAGAGAUGUUUUGGCUAUCCCAGUGUCUACAGUAGCUUCUGAGUCUGCUUUCAGUACUAGUGGAAGACAUGUGACUCCUUGUCGUAAUAGGCUUCACCCGAGUAUGUUGGAGGAAUUAGUAUGUACUCAAGAUUGGCUAUGGGAUGAGAAACUAGAUGCAUCACAAAAUGAGAUUUCACAUAGUACAUUCUUUGAUGAUGUUGAAGAUGAUGAAGCGGGUCCAAGUUUUGUGGAUUUUGAUUCUUGA